GCAAGUUCUGCUUUUCGUCGUGUUAUGAAUAGGCUGGAGGCGAUAACAGAUUGAUAACUGCCAUUUUUCCCAUGUCACUCUGUUUGAGCGCAUAGCAGCUAAUUUAUUAUUAGCUGGUAACGUCGCAAUGCUGCGAAAUGACCGGGACUGUUAUGUAGAUUGUAACACCUAGUGCGGUGCUAUUUUAUAAAAUUAAUGCUGUGUAUUAUCGGACUAAAAAUUGUAUGAUAACGAUUAAGAUGUCGUGUAUAGACAUUAAAUGUAUAUAUGUGCAAAACUGUAUAAUAUAGUAUAAUCCAAUAUAUUUCAUGUUCCAUUUUUUCAAUCCGCUGAAUAACACUAGUAUUUGUGAUUGUGACUAUUGUUUUCUAAUACUGAAUAUAUCUGUAUACUUCCAAACUUCAGUUGAUUAUAAGUUGUGACUGUAAGUUGAUUUGUAAUCUAAAUUAAAAGGUAGUUACCGUAAUGUCCCAGCAGGCAGCACAAAGAUGUGUUACUUCACCUUCUCAAAGCGAAGCUUAGCUAUGACAAGGGAAAAGAUAUGAAAACAUUUAUUUUUACAAAAGUACACUUGAAUGAUGUGAACAACCCACAGAUUGUUGAGGUUGCUAUGAUUGCUGUUCACAAAAGAGACUUGACUGAUCAUGGCGAUGGUGAUAAUACAAGUAAUAAUACCAGAAAAAUGAAAAGAUAUAUAGACAAAUUAGUUUUGUGCUUUGACACGCAAAAGCCUUUGAAUCUUCACUCGGCUGCAAAAUCUAACCUUGAUUGGCAAAGGAUUCGAGGUUCUAAUAAAAAACCAUUCGACAGAUCUUCAGUGCUUCUUAUGAAUGAAUUUUUAAAGCGUCAAAACCGGCCUAUUUGUUUUGUAGCUCAUCAUGGGUUUCUUAUGGAUUUCCCAGCUCUCAAAAGCGAAAUCACUGCGUUACAAAUGUCGCUUUUUGCAACGGAAGAAGAAAAUUUAUGGAUUGCAGACACUGCAACUGCGUGCCAAGAUUUGGAUGCACCUGAUCAACAUAAAAUGCAUGAAACGACAUUAGAUGCGAUCGACUACUCAAUGGAAAGCUUGUAUCUACGUUACUUGAAAAAGCGCAUGCCGAUUGAGACGUACACAGCCGAGCAAUACGCGACGUGCUUAAUGCAACUUGUGGAUAGUAUUUCAGAUCAAUUCAUUAACGUAGUAUCAAUUAUGAAAUUUUCAGAUGUGUUACCUCGCGACCAAAAAGUUGCAAGAGCUCUGUUUCCGACUCAAUCUACGGAAAAUGGUGGAGAGUCAGUUGACCAAAAUGAAGACCCUGACCGACAAGCCGAUGAAUAUGAUAUUCAAACCUUUGUGUUUUUGGACUUGGAAACAACUGGACUGGACACCACCACUGAUAAUAUAACAGAAUUAUGUCUGAUAGCGGUCGAUCGCGAGCAAAUUACCGAACUGGGUAAUGAGGUAGUGGAACAUGAAUACGGUGAAUUUCCAAAAGUGCCUCGAGUUCAAGACAAAUUGAAUAUUCUCAUUGAUCCGUUAUCCAUGAUUCCGAAUGAAGUUUCCAGAAUUACAAAAAUUGACAAAGAGAAUUUAGAAGUUCGUAAUAAAAAGCCGUUUUCAUAUGAAACAUCAAUGAUUCUCAGAUCAUUUUUGGAUAGGCAAGCACAUCCAAUUUGUCUUGUGGCUCAUAAUGGAAAUGCCUUUGACUAUAUAAUACUGAAUAAUCAUUUAGAUAGGGUUAAGGCAGAUCAAACAAUAUGGAAAGAAAUUUACUGUGCGGAUAGCUUGACUGGUGUGAGAGAACUAAGACAACCUUGUGAAAGAAGACCAAAUGGAUUACAAUAUUUGAUGAAAGAAGUAGGCGUUCAUCACAGUCAACUUUUACCACACUCAGCUGAAGGAGAUACAAUUGCACUUAUGGUUGUUGUUAAAUUAUUUCCACAAAAUUUGCCUAUGUGGCUUGACCAACAUAAGAGAAGAUUUAAAUGAAUUGAUCAAUUUUUUAAAUCGUUUGUGCUCAUAAAUUUUACUGCUUUUUUGAUUUUACAAUCACUGGUAAUCAUUCAUUUUUCCACUGUCAAAAUCACGUAAUGCUUGUUGUAAAUUUUUAUCAUGUAUAUAUUGACUGCUAAUAUUUUUAGCAGCACUUUUAAUUAAUGAAAUUUAAACAAUUUUUAACUUUGUGCAUAAGGAUAUGCUGUGAUUGGUUCAUUGUUUCACAGCCUGUAUACUUUCAUCAGGGUUUCAAUUGAACACAGAGCACUUUGUUUUAAACUUAAACAAUUUUGAUUACGAAUUUGCAAUGGGUAAUCAAAUAUAGGGGUCAAUUUUAACGAGCAAUGUGGGGGUGGAUAAUAGUUACAUUCUACUUCAGAAAAUCUAAUUUUGAUAAUCAAAAGAAGGCUUGGUAAUAAACUUAGUGAUACCUUCUUCCAUUAUUAUUAAAACUCUGUAAUUCCAACUUGAGAGAGAAUUCAAAAACAAAAUUUUUUGAUAGAAUUCGUAAUUGAGAUAAUUUUGUGGCAGAGACUUUUCUUGUGUGUGUGUGGAGGUCAAAGAGUAAUUUCGAUGAUUCAAAAUUGCUAUGAUAUAUUUGCAAAUGAAAUAUCAUAUUAUUGAAAAUAACUUAUGCGGGGCAUGUUUGGACCAAUAUAAAAUUCAGCUCAAAUUCUUUUUUGAAAAUGUUUUGUAUAAUAAUCAAUGUGAAUUUGAAUAGUUAUAACCCUAAUCAAAUUUUCUAUUAUUUUACUAAAAUUAUACGCUGUGACUAUUUUAAAAUUGAGAAACAUUCUGGAUUACUAUGAGAAAUCUAGAUAGCCUUUUCAAAAAAACACAUUAUCAUACCCAAUCAUAACUUUAUGAGUGCUAUUUUAUUUUAAUUCAUAGUUUGUAUGAUCAAUAUUUUAAAUUGCUUUGGUGUUUUACUUAGAUUUAUUGUGAUGCUAGUUUAUUGUGUUUUAAGGUGUUUUUUAUGGUUAUAUAACACACAUUAUCACACCUAAUCUCAACUUUCUGAGUGCUUUUUUAUUUCCAUUUAUAUUUUGUGUGAUCAAUAUUUUUAAUUGGUGUUUUACUUAGAUUCAUUGUGAUUUGUGAUGCUAGUUUAUUGCAUUUUAAGGGUUUAUAGUGUUUCAAAUAUUAAAUAAAUAGAUGUUAUUAGUUUUAUAUGAUAUUCGGUUUUUAAUAAACGUUUUUGAAGGUCAAUUUGCCAUGGCCAUUGUGUGUAUAUGCAUACCAUUAGAUCAUUACUAAUUUACUACCUUUCAAAAUUUUUAAUACUCAUUGGUGUUACAUUUUGGCAGAGGUUCUCAAAGCUUUUAAAGUUAUAAAACAAAUCAUGAACAUUGAUUUACGAUAAGAAAAAGUUUUAAUAUAUUAUGUGCAUUUUUAAUCAAUUUAAAUGCGAACUUAUUUUGUGCGCAUAAACUAUCAUAACACAAUUAAAUCCUAGCAAGUCGACGAUAAUAAAUAAAGCACAAUCAGUGUUAGCAAAACGAUGUAAUUUGCCAGCAUGUGGUGGUUGAAAUAUAGAAAUUACAUCGUUUUGCUAACACCGGUUAUGCUUUAUUUGAUCAUUUUAUGUUAGGUUCUUAUUAAUAACACAGACCUUUACAAGUAUUUUUUCAAGAAAUGAAUUUAUAUAUAUGGACAUAAUACCUCUAUGCAUAGUCCACUCUCAUGGGGCAUGCCUUUUUUUAGAUGGUGUGUGUGUGUGAAUUUUUUUAUUUGUUUUACAG